AUGGCACACGAACUACCAACCCACCACCGCGCUCUUGUCCUCGAGGACCGAGAAGCCGGCUUCCAGGUAAAGCAAGUCUCAACCCCUCGACCAACACACGGAAGCACCGUCGUUCGUAUCCUCUCAGCAGCAGUCCUCUCCUACCAUCGGGAAGUCUACACCGGCGAGAGACCAUACGCGCACCCACUGCCACUGGUCGGCGGCCUGAGCGCAGUUGCCCGGGUGGUAGCCCCCGGUCCCGAUACAGCGCUGCUUGAGCCCGGAAAGCUUGUGUACGUCGACUGCGUGAUCCACGGUCGUGACGACCCCUCCGCCACCUUCCUAUCCGCGAUCCACGAAGGCGGCAGCCCGGGCAGCAAGAAGCUGAUGCGGGACGUCUGGCGCGAUGGGAACUUCGCUGAGUACGCGAACGUGCCGCUGGAGAAUUGUAUCCCGCUCGACGAGGCGAAGCUGUGCAAGAAGCUGGGCUACACGCACCAGGAUCUGAUGUAUCUCAGCUACCUCCUGGUCCCAUACGGCGGCUUGCGGGACAUCGGUGUCCAGCCUGGCGAUACAGUGACGAUCUUUCCGGCUACCGGAGGCUUCGGAGGUGCAGGCGUGCAAGUCGCCGUAGCCAUGGGUGCCAAAGUCAUCGCCAUGGGGCGCAACGAGCAGGGACUCGCGAGGCUUAGAGAACACGUGCGCAGCCGAACUCCUAAUGCGGUCGUUGAAACAGUGCAGACCACCGGCGACGAAGGCAAAGACGCCGAAGCCUUGCAGGCUGUCGGACCGAUCGAUGCGAUCCUUGAUCUAACGCCACCGGCUGCUGCGAAGUCGCCGCAUCUGAAGAGUGCAGCGACUGCUUUGAGGAAGGGAGGACGGAUGAGCUUGAUGGGGUUUGGCGACUUCUCUAUCUCUGGGUGGAAGGUCAUUUCGGAUGAUAUCACGAUGAAAGGGAAGCUCAUGUACUCGCGCGAAGACAUGGUGCAAUUCGUGAAGAUGCUCGAGAACGGCGCGUUCCCGAAAGGUGCAGACUUGGUCGAUGUCAAGACAUUUGCGCUUGAGGAAUGGAAGGAGGCAUUCGAUGCUGCGGCGGAGUAUAUGGGCAUUGGGAGGCUAGUGACUCUCGUGCCGUGA